AUGUCGGAAAUAGUUCAUGUGCAAGCCGGUCAGUGUGGAAACCAAAUAGGAUCAAAGUUCUGGGAGAUCAUUUCCGACGAGCAUGGCGUGGACCCUACUGGGGUGUCCACAGGUGACAACCCACUACAGCGGGAGCGCAUAAAUGUUUACUACAAUGAAGCGUCUGCGGGUAAAUAUGUGCCUCGGGCGGUCCUCGUUGACCUGGAACCGGGGACCAUGGAUGCAGUGCGCUCAGGGCCUUACGGCCAACUGUUCCGGCCGGACAACUUCGUUUUCGGCCAGAGCGGCGCCGGCAACAACUGGGCUAAAGGCCAUUACACAGAGGGCGCUGAGCUGGUCGACUCAGUGCUUGACGUAGUAAGGAAAGAAGCAGAAGGAUGUGAUUGCUUACAAGGCUUCCAGCUGGCACACUCGCUUGGAGGUGGUACCGGAUCAGGACUUGGCACGCUGCUAAUCAGCAAAAUUAGGGAGGAAUUCCCCGACAGGAUUAUGAACACUUUCAGCGUUGUACCGUCACCAAAGGUGAGCGAAGUUGUCCUGGAACCGUACAACGCGACGCUGUCGGUUCACCAGCUUGUGGAGAACACUGACAUGUCGUUCUGCAUAGACAAUGAGGCACUAUACAACAUAUGUUUCCGGACGCUCCGACUCGCCAGCCCGACCUACGGCGACCUCAACCACUUGAUAUCGCUAACAAUGUCCGGUGUGACCACGUGUCUUCGGUUUCCUGGACAACUGAACGCGGGGCUGAGAAAGCUGGCUGUCAACAUGGUGCCUUUCCCACGCCUACACUUCUUUAUGCCUGGUUUCGCUCCAUUAACGGCCAGAAAUUCAUUUGAUUACCGUCCACAGACAGUACCUGAGUUAAUGAGUCAGAUGUUCAACCCUAGCAACAUGAUGACGGCGUGUGACCCUCGACACGGGCGGUACCUGACCGCCGCCACCAUGUUCCGAGGCAGAAUGUCCAUGCGCGAAGUAGACGAGCAAAUCCUUGCUGUGCAGAACAAGAACUCGAGCUACUUCGUAGAAUGGAUCCCUCAUAACCUCAAAGUGUCGGUUUGUGACGUUCCGCCACGCGGUCUCAAAAUGUCCGCGACCUUCAUAGGCAAUACGACAGCAAUACAGGAAGUUUUCAAACGUAUCUCCGAGCAAUUCACAGCUAUGUUCAGGCGGAAGGCUUUCCUACAUUGGUACACGGGUGAAGGAAUGGACGAAAUGGAGUUUACGGAGGCUGAUAGCAACAUGAGCGACCUCAUUUCGGAGUACCAACAGUACCAGGAAGCUGGUGUUGAUGACGAUGAAGUAGAAUUUGAUGAGAGAGAAGAGGAACAAGAGAUUCAAGAAGCCGAGUCAGAAGUUCAACAAAUU